AUGUUCAAAAACUUAGGAACCGUCCCUGACCUGCCGUUUUUGAAUUUUGUAAAAUUCACUAUUGUUGACUUCCUCUUGAAUUGCAUGCGAACACACAUAUAUAAUCAAAACGAUGAAAGAACUGCUUAUUGUGAACUCUUCAUUCCUAUCUUUAAAGCAUUUGGGAAUACAACAAAAAAACUGAAGUAUGUCUGGUGCGAGAAAAAGGCUAAGGACUCUGAUUAUGGUAGCUUGAAGCUACUUGAUGGUAUUGGAAGACUGGUUGACAAAGAGUUGAAUUAUCUUCUUAUUGAAUCAUCUGGAUUCAACAGUUCAAACGUCUUGUCGCACAGUUUGAACGAUACCUUAAAGAAUAUGAAGAGUGGCUCAGACAAUUUGAAGUGUUUUGUAUCAAACUACAAAAAAGCCUCUUUCAGUACGAUGAAAAAGGCCCGAGUCUACACUUGCCAUAUAAUUCAAAAUAAGAUGACUUUAGUUCGAUACAAAAUCAAGUCUGCUUCCCAAUGGCAAGUUGUUGAAUGCCGCUCUGCCUCUAUUCCCCUCUCUUUCUCUGGCAUCAUUCACUAUACCAAAGUCUUUGAACUUUUCGCUUUCCUGCUGAGUGAUAUGGCUGAACAAGAUAGAAUUUUUCAUCAGUUGGAGAUGGAAUCGUUGGGAUUGGUUCAAGUACCUCAAGAUGAAACUGUUGCUCAUUUUUUAAUGUAA